UAAAAUAUGUCACUCAAGUUAUACGGCCCAUCAACUAAUCCUAGACUUAGUCAAGUUCAUCUAGUUGCCGAUCUUCUUUAAAUCCCAGUGGAGGUAGUUGAAGUUGGAUACGAUCAAUGCGAAUCAAAGGAACAUUUGGCAAGAAACCCAUUUGCUAAAAUUCCUGUCAUUGAAACAAAAGAUGGAUUCCUUUAUGAAAGCAAUGCUAUAUGCAGAUACCUUGCUAGAUCAAAAUUAGAAUCAGGAUUAUAUGGGUAUGAUAUUUAGAAUUAUUCUUAAGAGCUACUCCCUUCCAAUAAUCACAGGUUGAUUAAUGGAUUGAUUGGACAGUAAAUGAAUUAGAUCCAAACUUCAUGACUACAUUCCCAUAAUUAUGGGGACAUUAUCCAGUAAAUGAGGAUGCAUUCAAAAAUGCAAAAAACAUCAUCAAUGAUAAAUUAAAAUAAUUGGAGAGUCACUUCAAGAAUUCUUCAUAUUUGGUUGGGGAUAAAUUGACAAUUGCAGAUGUUACUCUUAUUGUAAGAAUUGCUCCAUUUUUCAUUUUAUUGAUUGAUGAGAAAACCAGAAAAUCAUACCCUUCACUUAUGAAAUGGUUCACAGCUGUGUCUGAACUACCUCAAUUCAAAAAAGUAUAAAUCAAACUUAUCUAUAUAGAAUUUCGGAAGAGUUAGAUUAUGCAAGGUUGCCUUCCCAUUACCUAAAUAAGAAGUAUAACCAAAGGAAGAAAAAUAAAAGGAAUAAAAACCAAAAGACGAAAAACCAAAAGAGUAAAAACCAAAAGAUGAAAAACCAAAAGAAUAAAAGUAAAAGGAAUAAAAACCAAAGGAAGCUGAAAAGCCAAAAGAAGCAUAAAAAUAAAAGGCUUAAGAUGAUGAUGAACCACUUGCAGAAAAGAAAAAGAAUCCUUUAGAUUUACUUCCUCCAUCUCCAUUUAAUAUUGAUGACUAUAAAAGGGCCUUCUUUGCUGAAAAGGAUAUUGCCAAGAAUAUUUAAUAACUCUUCACUUAAGUUGACGUUUAAGGUUGGUCUUUAUGGAUUGUCACCUAUAAUAAAUCCCAAAAUGAAGGUAAACAACUUAUUUUAACAAAUAACUUGAUGAAAGGAUUUAUCAAUUAAAGAUUGGAUUAAAAUUUCAGAAAAUACUCGUUUGCUAUUCAUGGUGUUUAUGGUGAUGAACCAAAUUUGGAAAUAAGAGGAGCAUGGCUUUGGAGAGGAACUGAAGUCCCAUAAGAAUGGGUAAUCAUUAUAAUUAAUAAGUUUUUAGAAAGAUCAUGUAGCUUAUGAUUAUCAUGUUUUCAGAAGAAUCGACAUUAACAAUGAGUAAGAUAAGAAAGAUUUCACUGAAUUUUGGGUGAACUAAGAAGAAGAUGUAUCCAAAGUUGGUGAUCUUACAGCCAGAAGCUUGAUGUAUUUCAGAUGA